AUGCUCGAGUAUUGCUUGACACACACACGCACACACCCACAAACACGAACGGCUCAGCUGCUGCAAGAACUUCGUCCAAAACCUCGGAAACGUUUGCGAAAAUCCAAAGUUUUCUCCCAAGUUUUCCCACCAGAUCAGAGUGAGCUGCCGUGUGUUUUCAUCAGAGACAUCUUCAUUAUCAGCUAGCCAGCUAGAACCAGCUUCUUCUUCGUUCAACAGUUCCUCGCUCUCCGCGCAACACACGACAGCGAUAAAAACAGCUCAGCAGAAAGGAACAGCGCAAAAGAAAAAACCUCGAGGAAAACAAACGCAAAAGCAAAAGUCCUCCAACAACAACGGCGUUGUGCUUCUGCCUGUGUGUGUUUCCGUGACUAUUGGUUCCCUUUCCACCGCGUGUUUUGUUGUUGCUGCUGAAACCAUUCUGUAGCAGCACUCUUCGUGCAAAAUCAUAAAACUAGGUGCGCGUGUGAGUGAGUUUGCAACGGCCUUUGUGUCCCCCGCCGAAUCCGGGUGAAGGUGUGUACACCUCGCUUUUGUUCCUUAUCGGUCGCGCGUGGAAGAGAAACCAUAAGACUCCCCUGCUCCCCCGCUUCAGAACGGCUGCUGCACAGCUUCCCACCUCAACAAGUAUUCCCCGUUGAAGGAACUGCUUGCGCCCCCUGCGGUUAACAGCGCGUACACCUUCCCCGAAGUUGUGCCACCCCAUUCAAGGUUAAACGGUGCUGGGCGUCGAGGAUCGACCAACAACAGCAAAACCCAGCAGGCGGCACCCGCGCUGACACGCAACUCGUACGACGACACAGGCUUUGACACAGAAGGCGGCGGCCGCGAAGACGACAACGACGAAAACUCCCAUUGUUUGCUUGGAUUGGUACGGAAAUCGAAAGGGUUGCAUCAGCUGUCUCACCAGCAUCCUAGCCGCUUCAAACUUCCGUUGUUGGACUAACGGGGCGAUUAGCGAUAAUAACAGAGCGCCACGCUUCGCCAUUCACCACCUGCGUCGCGCGGUGUGAAGUGUUUCCGUGGCCUUGAAACGUACGGUUGUUUUCGUCGUGGGACACGCUGUCCAGUUUGUACACGAAUCUUCAACUUUGUUAUUCCAGUUACCGUAUCGCUGCUAUAAACAAGGCAGUUUAAAGGCAGUUUGUGGGAAGACCGCGGAACGUGCAGGAUUAUUGCUGUGAUUCGUCAUGAGCCUCCUGGCCAGAACCGACAUUGAUGCCGGAGGGUUUUUCGUCAACUUCAAUCAAGAUUGCUCAUCGCUUGCGGUUGGUUCGAAGAACGGGUACAGUUUGUUUUCGCUGAAUUCGGUUGACUCGAGCUUGGAUCAAAUCUAUAGCAGUUAUGGCGAGGACAUCUGUCUGGUGGAGCGGUUGUUUAGCAGCUCACUCGUGGCCGUUGUUUCACUGAAUGCUCCUAGGAAGCUUAAGGUUUGCCAUUUUAAGAAGGGAACGGAAAUAUGCAACUACUCGUACUCGAACACAAUCCUCGCGGUGAAGCUAAACCGUUCGCGACUGGUCGUUUGCCUCGAAGAGAGUCUAUAUAUACACAACAUACGUGAUAUGAAGGUCGUACAUACGAUACGGGACACGCCGCCCAACAAGACCGGUCUAUGUGCGCUCGCUUCUGACUCGGACCACUGCUAUCUGGCCUACCCGGGCAGUGCGACCGUCGGUGAGGUGCAGAUUUUCGAUGCGGUCAACCUACAUGCUAAAAUCAUGAUUCCGGCACACGACUCCCCGCUAGCAGCGAUUGCGUUCAGUCAGAUCGGCACGGAGAUUGCGACGGCCAGCGAGAAGGGCACGGUCAUACGGGUGUUCUCGGUGAGCGAUGGUACGAAGCUGUUCGAGUUUCGACGUGGCGUUAAGCGCUGCGUAUCGAUAGCUUCGCUAGCGUUCAGCAUCUGCUCGAAGUAUCUGUGCUGCAGCUCGAACACGGAAACGGUGCAUAUCUUCAAACUCGAGCGCAGCUCACCGGAGAGCAGCGAUGAGCAAGGUGGCAAGGAUCACUGGAUGGGCUACAUUAGUAAGGCGGUAUCGAGCUAUCUACCGAUGGCGCUACCGUCCCAGGUGACGGAUGUGUUUACGCAAGGGCGCGCAUUCGCUUCGGCGUUGCUACCCGUGGCCGGUCUAAGACAUUCCUGUGUCAUAACCACGAUUCAAAAGGCAUUACGCAUGCUGGUGGCUUCCCAGGAUGGUUAUCUGUACGUUUAUCAGCUCCCGGUCGAAGGAGGCGAAUGUCUACUCGUCAAGAAACAUGAUCUCAGAACCAUCGAACCACCACCGAAUCCACCUAGAGCAGAAUCCGUUCCGAUUGGGGUGCCCACAGUGACACCAGCGCCGGGUGCCACAACGUAUGCAGCUGCCGUACGCGGUGGUACGGCUGGAAGCAGCGCUGGCAGUGGGGGAUCCGGUUCAAUCGAUGAUGAUGCACAUGGCAACCAGCAGCAGCAACAUUAGGCGUUCGUGUGUCACUCAUGGUUUGCCCAUGGCGCCGAUACACCUAUCCUCUUGCACUUACCUGUGUACUUUCAUCGGAUAAAGUAGUUGGUGCUUCCGUGGCUGACGCUGGAUAUCAUGUUCACGUGCUCUCUUCUUGUUUCUCAGUAUGCUACCGUCGCAUUCGUUGUGAACAUCACAUGAUUAAAACCUUUGCCGCUAAUGCUUUCUUCUGGCUGGACUGUUCAAUUUUCGCGUUGAGAUACGCUCUUCACCCAAAGUUACAAUAUUAAUGGCAUGCCGUAAAUCGAAGAACAGAGUGUACGAGGAAAAAAGCGAGCCCGAUAUCAUUUCGUUACUCACUAAAUAUCCGGAGUGUAUACCCGGCCCGGACGAAGAUCGGAACAGUGACCAUGCCGGCGAAAGCGCCUGCAAUGUGAUAGAACGCUGUUUAGAGACGAGCGGGAAGCUUAUUAGGAUCGUUAGAGGGGGGAAAGGGUCAUGUACAGUACUAGGCAUGUAGUCGCCUGCUAGUAGCUUUCUAAGUCGAGCUAUUACAUAUCCGCGAUUCGGCAUGCAGUGAAGUAGCGGAAUAUUAUACGGGAAGCGACGUGGCACGCGAUCAGCAAAUAGAUUUCUUUCCAACAUGUUCCCCACCAUAGUAGGCUACUGUAGAAGAAAAGAUCAAGGAGCCGACGAUUGAAUUGUUUUUAUUUUAAAAUUGCGUUUUAAGAAACGAUUUAGUUAAACGGAGAAGAAAACGAAGAAGGGUCAGCAGUCAUCAAUGGUAAAGCUUAGCGUUCUUGUUGGCUUCGGCUUAGAAACGUGAGAUGUAAGAUGAAAAAUCGCGAAAAAAGAGUGAAAAAAAAACAAAAAGUAUAUUUUUCGGGUAAGGCUUGAGAUGAUUAGCGUUUAAGAAGAUAUAAGACGACGAGUGGCGCAUGAAAGCCUGACAUUUGGUACGACCAAUUGUGGACUGCAAACUACCAGUAUCAGUUGGUAUUCGGUAGCUUAAUGAACUGGUAGCGAGAGGGCUUCGUUGUAGACAACAAGUCAAUCUGCGUACGGUAGUAAAACAGAACGAGGUAAAAAUGUACAUCGCAUAGUAACUGGCAGUGUGAGUGGUUCGAUAGGUCGAUCUUGGGAUCGAGUUCUAAUUGAUUUAAUGAUAGUUUGUAAGCGCGAAUUAUAAACAAUAAAUUCUUUCAGAGAAAAGCAUGAUCGACUUACUGUGUUUUU